AUGUGCGUCGCUGAACUCUGCGUCACGGUUCUUCCGUGCCAGCACCGCUGGUACCACCUCGUUCGCCCAUGCAGCCCAUCCAGCAAUCUCUCCACAUGCGGGAAGAAGCUGGGGAUUUCAGGAUGGGAGGUCAAGUGCGACCACUGCCCCUACUGCCAUGGUCACGUCUCCGAGUUUGAGUACAAGCUCAUAGGCGAUGGACCGGCACCGCCAGUCGGCUCUCUCUCAGGACUUGCGCGCGCACACUCGACCUCUUUGAACGCAGCCCGUCGUGACAUCCGUCUCGACAACAUCACCCGAACCGACAGCGCUACCAGCGUAGGUAGCAAGAGCAGCUUGGUCACAGCAGCUUCUGAGAAGAACCGCGCAAUGAACUCUCGACUUGACGCCUACUUCUUCCCCUCGGCUGAGCAGCCGUACCCCGCCGUACGAGAAGACGAUGCCGAGAGCAGCAGCGCUACAAGCCCGAGCGACACAUCGAGCAACGACCGCACAAGCAUGCGACAUCCAUCAAUCUCCAUGCCGGCUGAGCCAUACAAAGCCAACAUGCUCUCGCGUGUCCGGCAGCGCACCAAGCGCAUCUCCACCAUCUUCAGAUGA